CGUCAGGCCGGACAGCCGUCUUCUUCACCGUAUCCACCGCCUGCGUUUGCCGCGUUUCUCUUCUUGUUUUCUGCUCAGAUCUUCUGCUCCAGCCAAGCGAGCAAACGCUGGCCUUGGCAAACGCCCGUUGCACCUGGUCUGGCUCCAGCUCGUCACACGGCGGCCGAAUAUAAAUCCAGCUUUCCGCCUGCUUCUCUUCUCAAGUCCGGCCACGCACAGGCGCUGAUAGACCGCACGAGACGAGCCUGCAAGACCUUCGAAGCAAAGAGCAUCGUCAUCACCGUCGUCCUCUCCACCAUGGCCACGCAGUUCGUCAGCUUUCAACCUCCACCGGGAGCCUCCCUCCGCGACUACGACCGCUCACUGCCUCCGUCCCGUCAGCCAGCCAGCGUCCCGCCCGUCUUCGUCGAAGCGAUGCAGGUUCGCGAGGAAGUGUUUGUCAAGGAGCAGGGCGUGCCGCUUGCCAACGAGCUCGACGAGGACGACCCCCGCUCGUUUCACUGGGUCGUGUACGCGAGCGUGGGCAGCACAUCCUCCGCAAGCCCCACUACCAUGGGCCCAAUCAACAGCGGCAGUGCGAGCGACGAACGCCGCAGAAGCGAGAGCACGGCGACAAAGGUGCCUGUGGGAACGAUCAGGCUUGUCCCCCCGCCACAUCCACCCCACGUCGUGGAGGGCGGUGCGCACUUGGAGGAGCCACGGGAGCCGUACGUCAAGCUGGGCCGCCUAGCCACCCUGUCCGCGUACCGUGGACUGGGACUGAGCAGGCUGCUCAUCAACGCGGCGAUCAACUGGGCGAAAGAGCAUGCGGAUGACAUUCUUCCCCGGCCUUCGCCUGCCCAAGUCGAGGCGGCUAAGCAGGAGGGCAGGCCGGAGUGGAUGCCAUGGCGCGGUCUGAUUCUUGUGCAUGCGCAGGUUCAGGUGCAGAAGCUGUGGGAGGGUUUCGGAUUCGUUAAGGACGAGAGCAUGGGAACUUGGGUCGAGGAAGGUAUUGAUCACGUCGGGCUGUGGCGAAAGGUUGAGGUCAAAGGCGACGGUCCGAAGACAAGCCUGACGUGAACACCGUACACUCCGACUGGUGGAAAAACAAAUUAUAAAAAAAAGGAAGGAAGGAGAGGAACAUGUACAGAGCCGAGUCUGCAGCAUGGGCUGGAUGGAACUCUGACAAUGCAGACAGGUUGUCUUUUGCUUUUAUGAACAGCACAAAAAAACACGCACCGACAUAAAACGAGAGAAUUAUACCCCCGGGGCAUUCGAAUUUAUGGCGUUGCAUUAUCGGCGGCAGCGGAGGCUGGUUCAGAAAUGAAUUGACGAAUAUGAUAGACCAAACCUUACAAAUAAAGUUUGACAGAUUACAGACGCAAAGAGCGAGAAUCCGACUUGCGACUCCAGGUAGAUAGAAUGAAACACUUUUACCUCCUGUUUAUUCAUCAUUGGGGAUACGUUCAUCGCACACGCUGGAGGACCUCGUCAAAAUUUG